AUGGACACGCUGACGAAAGAAUUCCACCACCCUUACUCGCCUUAUGACAUUCAACUUCAGUUCAUGCGAGCGCUCUACACCUGUCUUGAGGAAGGUAAAGUGGCAAUAUUUGAGUCCCCGACUGGCACUGGUAAAUCUUUGAGUCUAAUAUGCGGUUCCUUGACUUGGCUGCGUGAUCACAAACGCUCUGCUUUCCACGAUGCCGUUGACAAAACUAUAGGCAAUGAUGACACCGAGCCCGACUGGAUGCUGGAAUUUGCGAAAGGUGAGUUGUGUCGUUCGGUCCUCGAGAAGAGGAAGGAACUUGAGCAGCGAUUGGAGAGGACAAGGAUCAAAGAAGAGAAACAAAGGAUCGCUUUAGAGAUUUCAGAGGGGCCUCGAAAAAAGCAGAAAGUAAGCGAGACGUCAGCUGUUCCGCUCUUGCACGAAGACCAUUUUCUUCUAGAUGAAUACGAUAGCGGCGAUGAACGACCAGGUCUCUCCUCGAAGCACUUGGGCCCCAACAGUGGGCUCUCCUCCAGCACUCUUGAGCUGCUUCAAAGAUUCAGGGGACAAUCAUCUCUAAACUGCGACGAUGACGAUGACCAGGAUACUGAGAUCAAGAUAUUCUUCUGUUCUCGGACACACUCUCAGUUGUCUCAAUUCGCAGGUGAAUUACGACGCGUUGCCAUGCCUUCGAGUAUUCCAGAAGAUGUGGUAUCCAGUAUAGGCGAGGUAGGGGAAGAACGUAUUAGGCACCUCUCCCUCGGAUCCCGGAAGAAUCUCUGUAUCAAUACUCAAGUAUCUGCACUUGAGAAUCCAACAGCAAUCAAUGAACGCUGUCUCGAACUUCAGCAACCUGGUGUGGCUAGGGAACAUAAAUGUCCAUAUCUGCCGUCAAAAAAAGACCAGUCACUCGCCGUUCAAUUUCGAGACCAUGCACUAGCGACAAUAAAAGAUAUUGAGGACUUAGGGAAAGUCGGGAGAAAGAUCGGCAUAUGUCCUUACUAUGCUUCUCGUUCAGUAAUCAAACACAGCGAGAUUGUCACGCUUCCAUAUCCUCUCCUGCUUCAGCAAUCGGCCAGGGAAGCACUCAACCUCUCGGUCAAGGGUCAUAUUGUUAUCAUCGAUGAAGCACAUAAUUUGAUGGAUGCAAUAUCCAAUAUCAAUUCUAUUACCGUGACACUUUCGCAAUUUGAAAUGUCAAUUGCACAAUUGACAACUUAUGCUCGCAAAUUCAAAGCCCGGUUGAAAGGACAAAACAGGAGCUAUAUCGCUCAGAUUCUCCGGCUGCUCGGCUCAAUCACGCACCACCUUCGCUCGGUACUGACCAGCAGUGAAUCACUCGAAGGACCUGUCCUGCCUUCGGACCUCAUGUCUGGGAAAGGGGUCGAUCAGAUCAACCCACAUAAACUCAGUCGAUACCUACAGGAGAGUAAACUGGCAAGGAAAGUUGAUGGGUACGUAGAAUCCUCAAAAGAUAUGACGGGAAAUAAGGCUUCUGGGAAACCUACGACGCCCGUACUGUUUCACAUACAGGGAUUCCUGCUUUCAUUGAUGAAUCCUUCUGCCGAGGGGCAACUGUUCUACGCGAAGGAUAAGGGUGACAUUCGGCUGAGGUAUAUGCUUCUCGACCCGUCAAAUCAAUUCCGCGAUAUUGUUGAAGAUGCGAGGGCCGUCAUACUGGCUGGUGGAACGAUGUCUCCGAUGACAGAUUACAUGAACCAUCUGUUCUCCUAUGUUCCCUCUGACCGAUUGCGCACCUUCAGCUACGGCCAUGUCAUUCCAUCCGAGAACCUGACUGUACAUACGCUAGGGCGUGGGGUACAAGGCUCAAGUCUUGAAUUCACAUACGGCUGCCGAGACUCUGAAUUGACUGUACUCGACCUUGGACGAACGAUAGCUUCAGUCUGCAAUGUCAUCCCUGAUGGUGUUGUCGCCUUUUUCCCUAGUUACGAAUACCUGGGCCAAGUAAUAAACAUGUGGAAAAAGCUGAAGGUGGGCGAGCGAGGUCAGAGCUUGUACGAGCUGAUCGACCGAGAGAAGCCGAUUCUCUCUGAAUCACGAGAAAUGGCUGAUUCGACAGAAGAGUUACUUCAGAAGUAUGCCGACCUCAUCGAAUCGAGCAGUGGCGCGCUCUUGUUGUCUGUGGUGGGGGGGAAGCUGUCGGAAGGGAUCAAUUUCUCCGAUCGGCUCGGACGUGGCGUACUUAUUAUCGGACUUCCGUUUCCGAACAUUAGGAGCGCUGUAUGGCAAGCUAAAAUUGAGUACAUCGAGCAGAAGGCGUUGUGUGAAGCAGUUGGUUCCGAAGCCAGCCGCCUGUCAGCCGCCAAAGCUGCAGGGAGAGAAUAUUACGAGAACGCCUGCAUGCGGGCAGUGAACCAAUGCAUCGGACGAGCUAUCAGGCAUCGCAACGACUACGCCGCCAUUGUGUUGAUGGACAAACGGUAUGGUAGACCCAAUAUCAACGGGAAACUUCCGGCCUGGAUCAAACAGAGUAUGAUGGCUACAUCUGUUGAUCAGCCUGCAGAUAGGACGAUUCAGAGCUUGUCUACUUUCUUCAGGGGGAAAGAACAAUGAAUGGCAUGGCAGCAAGAACUACUCCGUAGCAUUGCAGGUAAAUAAAUUCAAGGCC